AUGGUCCUGGACUGGCGUAUUAUGUAUGGCGCUGCAGCGAGGACGACCCGGCAAAUGCCGGGCCUGCGACACCUGAAAGGGCUGCAUGGAGCCAUCUCAGCCCAUUCUCCUAGCAACCUCUCACAAAGUACUCGUCUUCGUCGAUGCAAACGUCUGCCGGGCUCUAGCACCCCGCGCGGAUUCGCCACAGCUAGUGGCCUGCCUGCCUUGAGAGACUGGCUCCGUAUUUCAGACGAAGUUGCUGAUGCCGUGGCCACCAACAAAGCAUUAGUAGCUCUAGAAUCCACCAUUUACACGCAUGGCGCCUUGUCAAGGAACCUUCCCUUGGAACAUGAAGAGCUUGUCCGCAGCCAUGGCGGUAUUCCAGCCAUCAUCGCUGUCGUUGAUGGCGUACCGACCGUUGGUGUUUCUGGCAAGGAGAUGAUGCGCAUGGUGGAGACUGGAGGCGCUGUCAAAGUAUCCCGACGCGAUAUUGCGUAUCUGGUCGGCAUGGGCGUUGCCAAUCGCAGAAUGAGCGGCGGCACAACUAUUUCAGGCACGAUGCUGCUUGCCAAGCUGGCCGGCAUCCGGGUGUUUGGUACUGGUGGUCUCGGAGGCGUCCACAGAGGAGGCGAAAGCUCCAUGGACGUGUCCGCAGAUCUGACCGAGUUGGGCCGCACCCGCGUCGCCGUAGUCAGCAGCGGCUGCAAGGGCUUUCUGGAUAUCCCUCGAACAUUGGAAUACCUCGAAACGCAGGGCUGCCACGUCUCGACCUUUGCAGAUGGACGACCGGGGAAGGUCGAGUUCCCUGCUUUUUGGGCUCGCGAAAGCGGCAUCAGGAGCCCUUCCGUGGUCACCUCGGAGAGGGAAGCAGCGUCCAUAGUCCUGGCGCAAGAGAGGCUCGGUAUCGAAUCCGGCCUGCUGUUCGCCAACCCCAUCCCCGAGGAGUUUGCGGUUCCUUCGGAACAGAUGCGUACAGCAAUCGAAAAGGCCCUUGCGGAGGCUGUUGAGCAAGGGUAUACUGGAAGCGCGAACACGCCUUAUAUCCUGAAGCGGCUUCGGGAGCUGUGCGGAGACAGGGUUGUUUCAGCAAACAGGGAGCUCGUCACAUCCAACAUAAUAAGAGCUACCAAUAUUGCCGUCGAGCUGUCGCGCUUGUUGGCGUCUGAGCCUCGACCGGCAAGCUCUGAAAGAAGCCAUGUUUCAGUGACGAACCUGGUCGCAGAAGAAGCGGCAAGUGUCCCUGAUGUCAAGGCAGAUCUGCUAGUGGCCGGCGGUGUUGCUGUAGAUCUGAGCUGCGACUAUACAAAACCCUCGUCGGGGGACCUCUCCCCUCAACUUCAUACGUCUAAUCCUGCGUCCAUAUCCCAGUCUGUCGGUGGCGUUGGCCAUAAUGUCGCCCUAGCCGCUCAUUUGGCAAGUCGUCAUACCAGAGUCAAGUUCUCCAGCAUGGUUGGCGAUGAUUUAGCUGGAUCCAGCAUCAUAUCUAGUCUGAAGCGAUCUGGACUCGACACCUCCUACGUCAAGGUACUAAGCAGAAUAGAGCACCCCGGUUCUAGGACGGCGCAGUACGUCGCUGUCAAUGACGCAAGCGGGAAUCUCGUCAUGGCAAUGGCUGACAUGGACAUCUUUGCCCAACAUGCGUUUCCCAAUCAAUGGAGGUCGACCGUGGCAACAACGCUGCCAAAGUGGCUCGUUGUCGACGGAAACUGGAGCCCAAGAUCCAUCAGAGAGUGGGUUCAAAUUGCCAAAGACUACAACGCCAGGGUUGCCUUCGAGCCCGUCUCCGUCCCGAAAUCCAGGGGACUUUUCGCAAAUCAGCGGGGCCUGCCCAAGCUUGGCAUUUUCCCCCAUGCCAGCAUCGACCUGGCAUCACCGAAUUCGCACGAGCUAGCUUCCAUGUACGAAGCGGCCAAGGAGAGCGGCCACCUGGAUUCGAUGGAAUGGUUCGAGAUAAUCGACGCCUUUGGCAUGAGGGGAGCCCGAGAUCGCUUUGUACGGCUUACAUCUGCACAUUUGACGGAUGCAGGACUGCCGGUGCAAUGCGUCAACCUGCUGCCUUAUAUCCCCACUCUCCUCGCAAAACUAGGACCGGAGGGAGUCCUCUACACAACCAUACUAGGGCGGGACGAUCCUCGCCUACGUGACAGAGAUGCAGAAGAGUACAUACUAGCAAGAGCUUCUCCGAACCACCCGUCCGUGGGUGGAAUCUACAUGCGGCUAUUUCCUCCAGCCGAGCUAGUGGACGAUGUCGUGUCUGUCAACGGCGUCGGAGACACCUUCCUGGGAGUUCUCGUUUCGGGAUUGUCCCAAGGCGGCAGCAUGGAGAAACUUAUUGGCGUGGCUCAGAAAGGUGCAGUCUUGACGUUGAGAAGCAUGCAGUCAGUAAGCCCAAAGCUAUCCGAGGUGGAGGAUGAAUUGGCGAGAGCAGUCAAGACAAAGGGGGUGUAA